AUGGCGGUGACGAUGCUGCAGGACUGGUGCAGGUGGAUGGGCGUCAACGCUCGCAGGGGCCUGCUCAUCCUGGGCAUCCCGGAGGACUGUGAUGAAGCUGAAUUCCAAGAGUCCUUGGAGGCUGCCCUGUGGCCUAUGGGCCACUUUACCGUACUGGGCAAAGUGUUUCGCGAGGAGGAUAACGCCACUGCGGCCCUGGUCGAGCUCGACCGGGAAGUCAACUAUGCUUUGGUCCCUAGGGAAAUCCCAGGCACCGGGGGCCCCUGGAACGUGGUCUUUGUGCCCCGUUGCUCAGGCGAGGAGUUUCUCGGUCGCGUGCUCCACUUCCUGGAGCAACAGGGGCAGACAGUGGAAAGCGUGGCCGGUGCCCUGGGUCUGGGGCUGCGCAGGGUGUGCUGGCUCCGAUCUGUCAGUCAGGCGAUCCAGCCCUGGGUGGAAACCGUGAGGUACCAGCGCCUGGGCGUGUUUUCCGGGAGGGACCAGCCAGCCCCUGGGGAGGAGUCCUUUGAGGCCUGGCUAGACCACACCACUGACAUGCUGCAUGUGUGGCAGGGGGUCUCUGAAAGGGAGAGGAGGAGGAGGCUGAUCGAAGGCUUGAGAGGGACUGCCCUGCAGCUCGUGCAUGGGCUCCUGGCGGAGAAUCCCGCCAGGACUGCGCAGGACUGCCUGGCGGCCCUGAUCCAGGUGUUUGGAGACAACGAGUCCCAGGCCACCAUCCGGGUGAAGUGUUUGACUGCUCAGCAGCGGUCAGGCGAGCGUCUCUCCACCUUUGUGUUGCGGCUGGAAGUCCUGUUGCAGAAAGCCAUCGAGAAGGGGGCCCUGGCCAGGGCCUCCGCUGACCACGUGCGCCUGAGGCAGGUGCUCACCAGGGCCAACCUGAUCGAGCCUCUGGAUGAAGCCCUGAGGAAGCUGAGAAUGGUUGGGAGGUCUCCCACAUUCCUGGAAAUGCUGGGGCUAGUUCGCGAGUCUGAGGCAUGGGAGGCCAGUCUAGCCCGGAGCGUGAGGGCCCCGGCAGAGGAAGGGGCUGGUGCCCCCGCUGAUGCCCAGGCGGAUGCCAGGAUGGGCAGUGCUUCUGAUGCCAGCCCAGGAGGGCCUGGUUGUGGGCCAGAGAGCCUGGCCCAGGCAGAACAGCAGGAAGCUGAGGAGCCCCUGCUGGAGGGGCUCAAGGACAUCCCAGAGGAGUCAGGAAAUGAGGAUGGGGCUGGGGAGACUGGCCACCCCGAGUCUGCCCCAGGUGAAUAG